CAGAGAGAGAGAGAGAGAGAGAGAGACAGAGAGACAGGGAGAGAGAGAGAGAGAGGUCAGUCGUGAUGAGCGGAGGUUGACUCCUGGUGACGCAAAGAGAGACCGAGCAGGGUGAAAGGAGGAGGCAGACAGAAUGGCUGCCCGGUGCCGCAGCUCCAAAUGCACCGUAGAAAGGAACGGAUUCAAGCGGGAACUCGAUACCUGGCGGCACAAACUGAUCAACUGCGUCGGGUUCGAGAGCAUUCUGGAGGGAAUCUAUGGCCCGUUGCUGCUCAGAGACCUCAAUAUUUUUGAUGACUGUGAACCCGAGGAGCUAGAGGACUGGGCAGUGAAGGCCAGUUGUUCCUUCUGCAGCCUGCUGAUCAAUGACCAUGUCCCAGUGGCCGCCUCCCCCUCAGACGACACGCCCUCCCAAGCCCCUUCCCUCUCGGACAGCAGUCUAUCAGCUCACAGGUUCCUCCACGCUGUGUUCCAUAAGAAAGAGCUGGCGUCCAGUGGAGACCCUAACGUCCCUCUGGUGGCCCAGGAACUGAUGAAGAGGAUGGUGAGGCAGUUUGCCAUGGAGUACGCCUCCAAGACACGCCUUACCACCACCACAGGCUCCCAGCGUUCUGACCUCGACUCACCUCUAGACCUCACUGUGACACGGAACCAGGAGGGGGAACCCACACCAGCGGACAGUGUGCUCGACCUCUCCAAGCGGAACUCUGCCAGCUCGGCCUCCACGUCACCCACCAUUCACAAAGCCUCAGG